GGCUGGACCGGAAGUGCUGUGUUGGCCGGCGCGGGGGACUCCGUGGGGACCCCGGAUACGAUGAAGGGGGCUUUGAGCAGCUGAGGAUCCUAGUCCCCCUGACCCUUCUCCCUCCUUCGCCUCGGCUGGCAGUAACAGAAGCGUGGUGAGCCCCGGCCUUUGCUCCGUCGCCAUAGCAACGGUGUCACACCGUCUCCCUUCCCAUGCCAGGAGAGAGGAGACGGGGGGUGGGGGCGUCGGCGUGGGGUUGCUGCUGCGCUCCUAGGAGAAGAUGGAGAGGCUCUGCUUCAAGGGGUGCCCGGAGCCUCCAUGAUGCUGCAGUGCUGAAGGUUGCCCAGUAACUGCAAGGGGAAGGGGAGGGGCUUUAGCAUGGAAAGAGGGAGAGAGCUCUCACCAGGGCUUCGGAGUUCCUAAAAUAAGAGGUUGCAGGGGCUUAGGAGUGCUUGCAUCCCACAAGCCAGCAAGCCCUUGCUCUCUCGUCCUAGGAGUGCGCGUGAUAGAGACGUAAAGGCACUCUGUAUGUGCUCAGAUGCCAUCUCUGCAACUCCAGAGGCAUUUACGUAGCUUGCAGGCUUGUCGUUGGCCAGAUGGUUUCCUGGUAAAGGUUUGGGCAACAUUUCCUCCCUACAGAGAUGGGAAACACAUUAAGAGACUGUCAUGGGAUUUGAUGGAUUCUUGAAUGCUCUUAGGGAUAUUUGGACAGUUAGACAGAGCUGGCAACCCUGGUCUCUGAAGAAUGAUGAGAUGUGAGGGUCCAGACACGAUCGCUCCUGAUGCUGUAGAGCCCACACUGCUCCUUGUUAUUCCCAGGAGCUGUAGGCAGUGAAACAGGCAGGGAAUCAGGCUGCUGAGAUAGGUUUGCUAGGCACUUUGAGGAUAAGAACUACACUUUGGAACUCCCUGCCCCUUGAUAUUAAGCAGGCACCUUCACUGUACUGCUUUUGGCACCUGCUAAAAUCUUUUUUGUUUAAGCAAGCCUAUGCAGACAUGUUAAUCUGGGAUGCAUAUCCAGACAUAAUUUUAUUUUAUAAAGUAUGUAUUUUUUUAAUUGCUGCUUUUCUUUUGAAAAUAUAUUAGGCUAACUUGUUUUUAUCAUCAGAUUCUAUGGAUAAUUUAAUGUGUAUUUUGAGUUGUAUCCAACAAUGUUUUACUCACAGUAGACCUACUAAAACCAACAGUUUUUAGUUUCAUUAAUUUCAGUGGGCCUACUCUGAGCAGGACUAACACUGUAUGCAACCCUUUAUAUUUUAUGUAAACUGCUUAGAGGUUUUCAUGGUUAAGUGAUAUUUUUAAAAAAUCUUGUUAACUUUUUUUUAAAAAAAUCUCUUGUUUUUGCAUUACUUAGAUGGCAUGGUUAUGACAAGUCCAGUUGAAGUGCCCAGUGCACUGUCUAGUCUGGCUUUAUGGGAUCAGGUUCAGCUUUUGAGGCCUGAGGAUGUGGACAAAGUACAUUGAAUCAUUUGGCUAAACACAUGCCCUUUCGAUCCUUGUUUGUUGUGGUUUCCUUGAGCUGGCCAGAGAGGGUUGACCAGGUGAGUCCAGAGUGUGGUAAGUGCAUUAUUGUGUGACAGUGCCUACUGUUUUAAAAAGGUGGUCUGCUGCUUUCUGACAAUUACCUCCUGGUUGCAAAUACGCCCCUCCUCAGCAAGGGGCUCAAGAGGGUAGUGGUGACCCACCUUUGAGAAAACUAUCUCGAUAUACAGUGGUACCUCAGGUUACAUACGCUUCAGGUUACAUACGCUUCAGGUUACAGCCUCCGCUAACCCAGAAAUAUUACCUCGGGUUAAGAACUUUGCUUCAGGAUAAGAACAGAAAUUGUGCUCCGGCGACGGCAAUGGGAGUCCCCAGUAGCUAAAGUGGUGCUUCAGGUUAAGAACAGUUUCAGGUUAAGAACGGACCUCUGGAAUGAAUUAAGUACUUAACCUGAGGUACCACUGUAUUUCUCUCUAGGUUUAGACCGGGUUUUAGUACUGAAUAAACCUUGGUUGAGGGGCAAGGGGAGUGUGACCACGUUACUCUUGCCUAAUCUCUUUGUCCUGUGAGUUUUGCAGUACAAUUUUAUAGUGGUUCCAAUCCUACUUACAGGACCAGUUUAAGAGAGUGGCAUUGGGUGACUAUGAGUUGCCUCCAACUCAGUUGAGCUCAGAGUAGAUGCACUGAAAUUAAUGAACCUACCAUGCCCAUUCAUUUCAGUAGGUUCACUCUGAGUAGGAACACUACCUCUAACCCUACAUCUCGGCCCCCUGGCAAUUAUGCCACAGAGUGCUACAUGUUAGCAUCUGGUUCCCACUUCUGGUUGCUAUCUAUAUGAAGCCAUUGGGAGCAGCCGUUUGGGGAUUUGGAACACAGUGCCAUCAACACGCUAGUGACACCCAGCUCUAUUUUUCUGCUACAUUGGAGUCAGGUGAGGCUGUACAAGUCCAGAACCAGUGCCUGGAAGCGGUGACUGGCUGGAUAAGGGCCAGUAAGCUGAAACUGAAUCCAAACAAGACAGAAAUCUUGUGUGUCAGCGGUUUACAGCUCUAGGAAUUGGAAUGUCUGCCUGUUCUGGACAGGGUAGCACUCUCCCAAAAGAAACAUGUUCAUCAUCUGUGUGUAUUCCCUGGAGUUGUUUUUGUCGCUGGAGCGCAUGUGGCUUCAGUGCCUGUGAGUGUCUUUUUGUGUCUGCUUUGGUUGGAGUGCCAGUAAUAACCAUUCCUGGUCUGGUAUAGCCUUACUACCUUGUUGUACACAUCGGUAGCCUCAAGUCUUGAUUGCUGUAAUGCGCUCAACGUGGGGCUGCCCUGGAAGCUGCAACUAGUGUAGAAUGCAGCAGCGUCCUUCUGUGUACAUGUUUACACCACCAAUUUAACUGUCAUGAAGAAUCCUGCAGUGUGUUAAGGGUGCUGGAAACUGUAACUCUGUGAUGUCAGCACCGUUAGCAAAUUACAGUACUGAGGAUUCUUUGGGGGAAGCCCUGACUAUUAAAGUGGCAUAAGAGUGCUUUAAAUGUAUGGUGUGGGUGGUAUCUUAAUUUUUCCCUACAGAGCCGUGUGUUGAUCUUUGUUUGGUGCUCAUCUCUGCAGGCCCUGCCAUGAAGGUGAAAUUAAAAAACGUGUUUGUCAUCUAUUUCCUGGUGUCGGUGAUCGGCCUGAUGUAUGCACUACUGCAACUGGGUGAGUAGCAAAGGAGGGAUGGAGGUAUCCUGCUGUUAUUAUUUAAUGGACUUUCCAAUAUCUAUUAGCAGGCAAUACCUUUAUUUAGGACCAAUCAAAUUAUGAGCAAACUUUUGAAUUCUCAGAACUCUUCUAUUAGGCUAGAUAUUUAGCAAUGCUGGGUAAACAAUACCUGACUCGAUGUUAAAACAGCAAAGUCUGUAUUCAAUCAUAGUCUUAUGAUGGCCUUCAGGAGGAUAUAGAAAAUUUGACAAUGCUCUACUGCAGAGAGGUAUACCCUUCUGGGCCCUCCAGAUACUGCUGGACUCCCAACUUUACACAUCUGGAAGUGCAUUUGAUAUGUGAUCCCUGAUUGGUUGGGACAUGUGUCUAGGAUAGGGUAGGUAAUCUCCAGGUGCUGCUGAACUACAACUCCCAUCAUCCCUGACCAUUGGCCAUGCUGUCGAGCUCAUGGGAGUUAAAGUCCAAUAUUAUCAUCUGGAGAGCCACAGGUCCCCCACUUCUGAUUUAGAAUGGAACCCGUUGCCGCCACCCUACCUUACAUUGUUCAGGGCUAUAUCCACACCAUACGGUUUCCUUCCCCUUCUUCUCCUGGGAACUUGUUAAGGAUUCUGGGAAUUGUAGCUCUGUGAGGGGCUAUUUACAGUUCCCAGAAUUCUUAUACAUACUGUAUUGGCCUGAAUAUAAGCCGCACCCGCAAAUAAGCCGCACCUUUAAAAUUCAAGGGGAAAAAAGAAAAAAUACAAUACCCAAAUAUAAGCCGCUCCCUUAAAAUUGGGUUACAGGCUGAAAAUCGCUGUGGUUGGUAGAAUUGUAACUCCGAGCCAAUUUAAGCCUUUGAUCUUGCAAGCCCGCAAAAGUUACCGUACAACUGCAAAUCGCUAUUCAAUUGCUACAAUUCUGCAGGCACUCACACCCGUAAAUGGCAAAUGAACAGUCUUAAGCUCGCAAAUCGGCAAUAAAACAUUUUAUUGUUCCGUUUUACUAUAUUUCUGUUUCAGCAGCGAUAUCGUAAAAGCCCAUUUUUGUAAGGUCGCGAAUUUAAGCCGCACUUUAACUUUUGACGGUUGGAAUUUGAGGGGGAAAGUGAGGCUUAUAUUCAGGCCAAUACAGUGUGUGUAUAUAUAUGAAUAUUAUUGCAGCAGUUGUGUGCUGAUGUUCCUCCCUCUGGCCUCAGGACAGCCCUGCGACUGCACCCAGCACCUGAAGUCAGCCAGCGACCUCAUCCACGCCAAGGAGAAAAAGCUGUCUCAGCUGCAGAAUGAGCUGAAGAGGCUCCAGGGGCGGGAAAAAGUCCCAGAGCCAGCAGAACAAGCCUUGCCGGUCAUUUAUGCCGUCACGCCCACCUACGCUAGGUAAGGUGCCAGAUCCUUGGGGGUAGGGGCAGUGUCGGUUCUGGGUCAUAGUUCAGCAGCUGAGGGCAUGACUUGCAUGAAGAAGUAUCCUGGGAAGGAAGGACUGUGAGAGAGGUGCUGCUGAUCAGAGGAGACUCAGGGGCAUAGGAAACUGCCUUAGAGUGAGCCAGACCCUCUGGUCCCAUCUAGCUCAGCAUUGUCUACACUUCGACUGACAGCGACUGCAGGCUUUCAUACAGGAGUCUAUGUCUAGCCCUGCCUGUAGAAGCUGAGGUUGAACUUGGGACCUUCUGUACGUAAAACAGAUGCUCUAACACUGAGGUAGAGCUCUUCCCUUAAGACACGGGAAGCUACUGUUAGAAUUCCUGCUUCAUGAUUGCAGUCAUGGGAUUGUUGUCUAUCACAUGACGGUAUAUGUUUUGACUCCACAGAGUGGGAAGUGACGGAGACAGGAUAUUUGUGUUACUGUGUUCCAUGAGGUGGGACUAUUGUCCUUUGUUCUUUCUCUUUGCUGUCUAAUGCUAGAGAGAGAGGGAGCCAUGUUGCAGUGAUCCGUGUGUGUUUAUAUGUAAAUACAGUAGAUUAGCCAAAAUGCUGAGUUGCUGAGGUCUGUCACGCGAACUGCGCAGACUCUGUGGAUCCCUGAGUGUGCCGAUGUCUGUGGGCAUUGGUCGCUGUGAUGUUUGGGCAGAAGAAAGCUUUUGAAACUCCUGAACGAAUGACCAGGAGGGAGAGAACAUAUGUCUCUGACAGGGUCCUACUCGUGUGUAGGACGAGCUCCUGACAGCUACCAUAUACCAAGUCAGACCACUGGUUCAUCCAUCUCUAUGUGGCAGAUGAUCUCCUGGCUUUCAGGCAGGGGUCUCUCCCAGCCUUGCCUGGAGAUGCUGGAGAUCAAACCAGCAACCUUUAGCAGGCAGGGCAGGGGCUCUACAACUGAGUUAGGGCCUUUCCCCUAAAAAUAAACAGAGGUUCCCAUCUUUGUGGUUCUGAAUAGCAGUCUGAUUUAAAUAGGACCAUAUCCAAUAAGCUUAUUGUGCUGUCCAAAGCCCAUGGUAAUUACAUUAUAAUGUACCAAAAUACAUAUGUAGUGAUAAUAGAAGAUUCCUGUGUUGCAGGGGGUUGGACCAAAUGGUCCUUGUCGCCCCCUCCAACUCUAUGGCUUUAUGAAACAAAUAAAUAACAAACAUUGAUAGUAUAAAGAAAAGAAGAAUCAGAAAUACCACCAGCUAACCCAACUUCAGAUUAAACCUCCCAGUCUCCAAAACAAUUUAUAGCAACCUUAUCUAAUUCUCCCUUUCUAAUCCAAAAGCCACUUUAUGUGUCCCAAAGCAGUUAGUGUCGCUCCAAAUAAACUGAGCCGUUUCUUCCAGAAAUCUUUCUUUGAUCACUGUAUAAAGGACAGAUGAAUAGAUAGCGAAUAACGUCUUCCACCAGAUCUUGGCCACAAACACAGAAUCUGUGAAAUAGAAACCUAAGAGGCUGCCUUAUACAAAGCCGGACCAUUAGCAGUGACUCUUCAGGGGCUUCUGACAAGGGACAUUCCUUGGCCUGCUUGGAGAUGCUGGGGCUUGAACCUGAGACCUUCUGCAUGCUCUGCUACCAAAGCUGUGGCUGAAGCCCCUCUAAAUCUGUCCCCUGAUUUCUCGCUUGCUUCCUUCUCUCUGGCCUCCUCUUCCCCAGGCUGGUCCAGAAGGCGGAGCUGGUGCGCCUGUCGCAGACCCUCCUGCACGUGAAGAACCUGCACUGGAUCGUGGUGGAGGACGCGCCGGCCAAGACGCAGCUGGUCUCGGAGCUGCUGGCUCAGAGCCACCUGCACUUCACGCACCUGCACACCGAAACGCCCAAGGAGCACAAGCGCAAGGAGAGCGACCCAAACUGGCUGAAGCCCCGGGGGGUGGAGCAGCGGAACCUGGCCCUGCAGUGGCUGCGGGAGAACCACGAGCUGGGCAAGAAGGCGGUGGUGUACUUUGCGGACGACGACAACACCUACAGCUUGCGCCUCUUUGACGAAGUCAGUGCCGGGAGGAAGGGGUGCAACAGAUUGGGAGGGGGGUGGGAUUGCGGUUCUCCUAGAUUCCAGAAUGUUCCAUAUUCUUCUUCUUCUUCUGAAAAACAAAACCUUUUAUUUUAACAAAUAUAAUGGGGAGGAGGCGAAAGAAGCAUUGUCAGAUGAUACUAACAAUACAAAUCUUCCAUCGGUUGUGACUUAGCCCCCAUCUGUACUGUACAUUUAAAGCAGUAUCACGCCACUUUAAAUAGUCAUGGUUUCCCCUGAAGAAUCCUGGGAGGUGUCGUUCAUUGGGGUUUUAUUUUGGAAUCGCUAGGAGGUCCCUAUUCCCCUUUACAGAGCUAUAAUUUUCAGAGUGGUUUUACAAUCAACCCCUCUUCCCAGGCAGGGGUGCCAAUUUGAAUAGGGACCUUGGCCCCUAAGAGUUGGCUCCCAUGUUCCCAGGGAUUUAACAAAGCUUGGGGUUUGGGUGGGAUUCCGUGGGAGUAAGUGGAUACUCCGCUAUCUAUCUAUCUAUCUAUCUAUUCUGCAGUUGUGUCAGUUUAUUCGGACAUAGGUGCAAGCCUCAUAGCUGACAGCAGGGGAGGGUGGGGUUGAACAGAAGGAAUUACUCCUUACAUACUAAGGCUACAGUCCUAACUUAUGUGACUUACAUGGGAGAAGCCCACACUGAAUUCUGUCAGACUUCUGUCUAAGUAGACAUGGCUAAGGUAGUCUGGCAAAUGAGCAUGUGCAGGAUUCUUGGGGUGCUUUAUUGGGGAGAGGUUCCAGGUUACCACAAGAGAUGGGAAUAAACAGGUUGUUAAACAAAGAGCUGCAACCAGGCAGCAUUGGUCUCCAGAAGGUGGUGGUGUUGUCGUUCAAUUUAUAUCCCACCCAGGGCUGCAAACACAGCCACAGUUUUUAAAGAAAGUGUUCCAGAAAAUGGAAGCAUUCUAAAAGCAGUUUUAUCAAACUCUCCCCCUCUUUUUCCUUCUUUGCUCCACCCUGUCCCCAACCAGAUCCGCUCCACCAAGCGCGUCUCGGUGUGGCCCGUCGGCCUGGUGGGAGGCCUCCGCUUUGAGCGCCCCCUGGUGGAGAACGGCAAAGUGGUGGGUUUCUACACGGCCUGGAAGCCCAACCGGCCCUUCCCCAUGGACAUGGCCGGCUUUGCCGUGGCCCUCGAUCUGCUCCUGGCCAAUCGGGAAGCUCACUUUGACUUGCUGGCCGAGCGCGGCUACCUGGAGAGCAGCCUGCUGCAGUCACUGGUGUCGAUUGAGGAGCUGGAGCCCAAGGCUGACAACUGCACCAAGGUGAGCAGGUUGGCAGACGUCAGUAAAACUGCUGGCACAUUUGUAAAGCUAAGCAGGGUCUGGCAUGGUUUCAAAUUGGAUGGGGGACCAUGUGUUGAGAUUUCUGCAUUGUAGCGGGUUGGAUUAGAUGACCCUCAGGGUCCCUUCCAAUUCUAUGAUUCUAUUGAGUCCCCUACAGAUUCCCCUACACACUCGCCAAUGCAGCAACUAUUUCGGACCUGACAAUAUUUUUGACCGCCACAAGGAUGGGGAACCUGUGACCCUCUAGAUGUUGCUGGUCUCCAACCCCACAAGCCCUGAUAAUUGGCCACACUGGCUGGGGCUGAUGGGAAUUGGAGUAAAACAACAGCUGGAGGGCCAGGAGUUCCCCAUCUCUGCUUUACACCUCUGUAAGUGCAUUUAAUAUUGUGAUCCCUGAUUGGUUGGGACAUGGAGACUACAGGUCCCACCAGCUAUUUAUCAUUAGCCAUGCUGGCUGGGGUUGAUGGAAGUUGGAGUCCAUCAACGUACAGAAGACCACAGGCUCCCCACUCCUGGACUGCAACUUCCAUCAUCUCCCACCAACACAAAACUGUGCUGUCUCCAACUGAUUGGAGUUGGUGUCCAAAAUAUCUGGAGGAUACCUGGUCAGGGAAGGCUGCCUUGAAUCCUGACUGGUGUUUUAGCAGAUGAGCAGGGCAAGGGGAGAGUGUGUGUGCAUGACAUUCUUUAAUACAUGGUUUCACUUCCUCAAGCAGCAGGAAGUUUGCUGCAGCUAUUUUAAGGCGGUUUGUCUCAGACGAGGCAGGCCUGAUGACAGUCAGAUUCCCAUUGAGAAGUUCCUUUUUGAGAUGUCGAGAAGCAAUUUAGUGCAGUUGGUACAGUCGCCCCCAAGGGCAGAUGGUCUUACUGCUCUUCCUCACAUAAUGGUUGACGGUGGUAGCCGCUGCGAGUGGAAAACCUUUGUAUGUUUGCCCCCGAAACGGUACAUGUGUGAAAAGGAAAAGGGGUGGGGUGGGAAGAGGAAAGCACAAGCAAACUCGGGCAACCAGUAGUAGAGAAAUUGAAACAGAAACACCCCUUUUGAUCUUGCAGGUGCUCGUCUGGCACACCCGGACCGAGAAGCCCAAGAUGAAACAAGAGGAGUUGUUGCAAAAGCAGGGCCUGGGCUCUGACCCCAGCAUCGAGGUGUGACUGGGCCCCGUUUGGCCACUGAGACAGUGGCAGUGCCUCCGUGGGGCGUGGGAGGAGCUAGAAGGACUCGGCCAAACUCGAUUGGUCGCAGAUGCUGAAGUCUUUGACUGCCACUCCCCUGCCCAUCCAUGGACAUGUGCUGCCCCGGAACUCUUUUUAUUUAUUAAGGAUGAGCUCCCUGUUCUUGACCCCCAGCAUGGAAGGAACACUCUGUCUCCAGUGAGAAGAGACUUGAUUCACAACUGCUGCUAUCCCCCGCCCCCUCGCCUUCCUACUGCUGGGGAAAUGUCUUUUAUUUCGGCGCCCUCCCUCUUUAAAAACGUUUCUUCAUUGAAUGCUGCAGCUUCCUACUGGUGAAAAAGCCCCCUUUGCUUUCCCCUGUUGGUUGCUCUGACCGCCUGCCCCCCCACCCAAAAAUGCUUUGUUCCCUCCUCCCUGGCAACAAUUGUCUUAUAGUCUGAUUGCUCUCUCCUGUAACAAGAGUGCUUGAAUGUUGGGAAGGGGACCUAAGUGAAAUCCAAAAGUUCAUUCCUUUGGGAAAAAACCCAUUUUAGCCGCCUUUAAUCUUCUACUUAAUAAAACCAGUUGCAUAAGGGAGCACUCACAACACAACUGUAACAGUUCCUGAGCCACAUCCCCACCCACAGGAGCAAAAGCAAAAAACAGAGGAAAGAGGAUCCCCAAAUAUAGUGUCUCAAGAAUCCAAGUGACAAUGAAAUCAUGUCAGAAGUAAUGGCUCUUUAAACGUGAAUAUGGAAGCAUUUACAGAUUAUGUGUAUGGAAAUUACAAGAUUCACAUUUGUAUUGUGAAUUUGUAUUUUAUGCACAUAUAUUGGCACCUGCUUAUGCCUGUCUGUGGGAAGGAAAAGGGUGCAAGGAGGUUAAGCCUCUAGUAACCCUUGCUGCAAUUCUUCAGAAGAAAAGUUGGGAAAAGCUGGAGGCAAGGAUAAGGAUUCCUGUGUCUCUCCUCCUGCUGAUGUCUCUUCCCCCAGUCAUAUCAUUUUUCUUUGAAUCAGGGAUGGGGGAACCUAUGGCCUUCUGGACAUUGCUGGUCUCCAGCUCCCUGAUGCAGUUGGCCCUCUAGGACUGAUGGGGGCUGAAGUGCAACAACAUCAGGAGGCCCCACAGGUCCCCCACCACCACCCCUUCUUUCUAGGAAGGACAGCAGCCCUUGCCAAGCCAGGGGCCUGAUCCUGGGGAGGGGCUGGUUCCUGUUCCCCAUGAGCUCUUGAGUGUUUCUGCGCUGUGUCCACCCCAGUUUGCAUGUGUUGGUGGCUGUUCCAGCAACUUGCAUGCUGACCGCUCAAUAAACACGUUGACUUCCGCUGCUUCCUCUC